UCUCCCAUCUCCAUUUCCAAAAGGGACAAAAUGGAUGUUUGGGCGGAAUCCGCCCCCCGCCACAGCCGCCUCACGCCGAGGCCCCGCUAGCGGCGGCCCGGGGCUGCCCGGUGCGCUCGGGGGGUUCGCGGCGUUCGAGCCGCGGGCAGACGUUCCCUGUUUAACCCCACGUAACGGCAACGUGAUCGCGGGGGGCUCCGCUUCCCAGAGCCCGGCCGGUCCUCUCCGGGAGCCGCAGCCCGGCUCCGCCGCGCCUGGAUGGCCCCGGGCUCCGCGUCCCGCCCGCUGCCGGUGCCGGUUCCCCCCCAGCCCCACGGCCCGGCGGCUGCCGGUGUCCCGGCGGCUCCCGGCUGCCGCUGCCGCUAAGUCAGUAAUGGACGCAGAGGUGCGGAGGGAGGUGGGCACGGCCGAGCGGCGUCGCGGGCACCGGACACCGGGCGAGGCGGAGGUAACCGCGGCUCUCCCCCAGCUCCUCCCCAGCGGCAGCCCCGGGACGCGGCCGGUAGCAACGGAGGGAUGCGUGGCAGAAUUCCCACCUCGCCCCGCUCCAGCCCCAUCCCUGGCCGGGACCGGGACCGGGAUGGAAGAUCCGGAGCCUUGGGAAGACCCCGAAUCCCAGAAAUCCCGGCCGGGGCUGCCGUGGGCUGGGAUUUCCUGCCCUGGGAGCUGGGGAAGGCUCUUUGGGGUCUGCUCCGAGCCCAUCCCCGUGGGACCGCCGGGAUGUCGGCUCCGCGCUCCCGAGGAUCCUCACCCCUCUCCUGGAUGGGAAUUUUGCCGCUCCAACAAUCUGGGAUUUUUUGGCCUCUCCAUCCCGAUUCCCAAGAAUUCCGGGAGAAACUUCCAGAAAAACCCAGCUCGGCUGAUUUGGGGAAUUUCGGAGCCUCCCAGCCCAGGUGACCAGAGGGGACACCGUGGGCUCCAGGUGGCCGAGGCUGGGCUGGAGCGUGGAAUUCCCAAAAUUCCCACCCAGGGUGACAUCCCAGGUGACAUCCCAGGACGCUGCAAGGACACGGAGCCACUGCCACCAAGCCUGGAGGACGAGCCUGGAGCCACUGGGGGAGGGGGGGGGGAACCAACGGCCAGCGGAGGUGGGAAGUGUCCCCCUGAUGCCAGCGCGGUGUCCCCGGCGCGGUUCGGCGAGCUCACCCCGCAUGAAAUGGAGAUGUCGCCUCCCGGGAGCGUUUUGGGGACGUUUUUGGGGACGUUCGGGGAGCCGCGGAUCCGCGGUGUCCCGCGGCGGGCGCUGCCUUUGCUGAUGCUAAUCGGGAGCGGUGGAAAAUCAGCCCUCAAAGCCGCCUUUGUGUCCCCGGGGGCGGCCGGGGGUGCUCCGAGCAUCCAUCUUCCACCUUCCCCUGGGCGUUUCGUGCCCCGGCCGAGCCCGAAGCGGCGCCCUGGCGGCUCCGAGGCUCCCGGGGCUCCGCGUUCCUCCCGGAGGAGCCGCCUUGGGCAGCGCCCGUGUAAAAAACUGGGGGGUUUUGGGGUUUUUUGGGGGGGUUUUGGGGCGCUCAGGGCGUGGAGGCAGCGAAGGUGA